AGCACAUGGAUGAAAGCGCUUGCUCAGGAUGAACAAACCUAUGUUCUAGUAAGUGUGUGCUGAACCCAGAUGUUGUGUGUUUUGUGUUUUCAGUGAUGUGUUGGAGUGCAGACCGACUGUGGAAGAAAAACAUGAUAUGGACUUAAUCUUUCCUGCAGGAAUGACAUGCAACCAGCCCAGUGUGAGUAGUAGUCGACCAGACAUUGCCACCAUGAGCCGGUGGUUAGCUCCAAUUGUAUGGGAGGGUACAUUUGACCUGACAGUGAUUGAUGCCAUCUACAAACAACAGAACAUCACCGUGGCAACCACUGUCUUCGCUCUGGGCAAGUAUGUACGUUUCCUGAAGGACGUCCUAGAAUCCGCGGAGCAGCACUUCAUGGUGGGCUACCGAGUGCACUAUUAUGUGUUUACAGAUCUCCCAGAUGAGGUUCCCACGGUAACGCUGGGGGAGGGGCGUCAGCUGACCGUGAUAAAAACCUCAAGCUCGAACCGCUGGCAGGAAAUCUCUCUACGCAGGAUGGAGAUGAUCGAGAAACUCAUCGAAGACGAAGUCAUCAAUAAGGCAGACUAUAUUUUCUGCCUCGACGUCGACUCCAAAUUCUAUGCUCAUUGGGGGGCGGAGUCUCUUGGUGACCUUGUCGGCACUCUACAUGCCUGGUUUUUUGGAACAUCUCGGGACCAGUUCACGUACGAGCGUCGCCCCGAAUCUCAAGCCUAUAUACCUUUUAACGAAGGAGACUACUACUACGGAGGGGCCGUGAUCGGAGGACGCCCCGACAAAGUGCUCAAGCUGGUGAAGACGUGCCGCAUGAAUCUGGAUGUGGACCGAGCCAAUAAGAUCGAAGCAGUUUGGCAGGAAGAGUCUCACCUGAACAAGUACUUCCUGUACAACAAACCCACCAAGUUACUCUCACCUGAAUACCUGUGGGAUGAUAGAAAAGGGAAACCCAGCUUCAUGAAAGUGGUGCGUUUCUCACAGGUGGAGAAGAACUACGCUGAGAUUCGACCCAACCCUUAAAGCACGACGUAGAUAAGCAGGACGUAAGACCUCUUAAACAUAAGAGCUUUGUUUUUCUUCAUAUCACUCACCUUUUAUCUUGUUGGGCUUCCUCUAUCAAAUCUGGCAACAGCAUGUUACUGUGUGAUGUUCAGCAAAGCAUUCCUGCAAGGUUUUUUUAAUGGUUUUCAUUUAGUCUUGAUUGUAAAACAUUCUUAGAUUUCUCCAGAUAUCUUCAGUUCUAUAAACAGGAAAUGAAUACUGAGUUAUUGUAAAUGACAUAAAAUAUGGCCAAAUGUUUUGUAAAGUUUUGAUCUGUUGAUGGAAACAGAUCAUGAAGAAGCUGUGUUCAUUUACAGCUGGCUACCUCGCGCUGAUUUGCAGAUUCCUGGUUAAAGGUUCUUCCUUUUAAUCUUCAUCUGAUGGUUUGUAUUUCAUAUUUGAACUUAAACAUUAUAUUGAAUCACUGCUGUGUCUGCUGACAAUGUCACUAAGAUUUAUGUAUUAUUGCU